AUGACGACUAACUAUUUGGUGCCAAACACUAAACCAAUUAAUGGAAAUGUGUUUCAUUCAUUCGAAAAGAUAAAUGAAAUAUUUGCAAAGAAUGACGGAAGAAGAUAUUAUAGAGAACUUGAAAGUUCAUGCUAUGACUCUGAUGCUCCAUAUUUUGAUGAUAAACAAACUCAUUUAAGAAUUACAAAUCCGGCUCAUGAUGUGAACCAAUUAGGUGACACAUAUAUUAAACGCAAAGUUAAAGCAACUCUAGUUUCAAAUAAAGCUUUCACAUGUGAUGCCGCUUUUAAAUGCAUGCGUUUAUUCGUUGGUUACAAAUCAUCAAAUCAAAGCUUUAAACAAUUAGAAGUAGAAACCGAAAGAGGUGAUGCCGGUUAUCUUCAGAUGGAUUGCGCCCGUGAAUCUUUCGCAUUUGCAACAUAUAUAACCAAAAUCAGAAAGGAAAGUUAA